AUGGAGGAUCGUUACUCCGCUGCCGUUGAUCUUCACGGAGAACCAAAACAGGCUUUUUUUGGAAUAUUUGAUGGGCAUGGAGGUACAAAAGCUUCAGAAUUUGCUGCACAUAACUUAGAAAAGAAUGUGUUGAAUGAAGUGAUAAGAAGGGAUUCUGACUUUUUGAGAAAGGAUCUUAAUGGUGGCUCUUGCUGUGUAACAGCAUUGAUUAGGAGCGGUAACCUUGUUGUGUCCAAUGCUGGUGAUUGUCGUGCUGUCAUUAGCAGAGGAGGUGUUGCAGAAGCCCUCACUUCUGACCACAAACCUUCAAGGGAAGAUGAAAGGGACAGAAUUGAGACUCAGGGUGGCUAUGUUGAUACAUGCCGUGGUGUUUGGAGGAUCCAAGGAUCUCUUGCUGUUUCUAGAGGAAUUGGAGAUAGACACCUGAAACAAUGGGUGAUAGCAGAACCUGAGACCAAAGUUUUAAGAAUUGAACAUCAGCAUGAAUUGUUAAUCUUAGCUUCAGAUGGAUUAUGGGACAAGGUUAGUAAUCAGGAAGCAGUGGAUAUUGCUCGUCCUUUUUGUGUAGGGAGCAAUAGACAACAACCAUUGCUGGCUUGUAAAAAGCUCGUAGAGUUAUCUGUAUCACGAGGCUCUGUUGAUGAUAUAAGUGUUAUGAUUAUCAAAUUGCAGAACUAUGUUUGAAGUCUCAUUGGUACAAGAGAAGAUUCUACCCUCCAAUUUUAAAUCUUCACUCUUAGCCUUCAGCACUAGAAUCAGUCAGAGGAUGAUAAAUGUAAUUAUGGUUAAAGGAAAGAAG